AAUAUCAAACUUCAAAAUUCAUCUGCCAGCAGAAAGCAGCGGCAUUAUUUUUGCAAACUAAUUUCUAAGAAAAAUUAGAACCCUCUUCUAGCUGAAUUAUUUUAAUUAUAUUAAAAAUAAAUAAAAAACAAAUCUUAUCAAAAUGCUGAUUAAAGUCAAAACUUUAACUGGAAAGGAAAUCGAAAUUGAUAUUGAGCCCACUGACAAAGUCGAUAGAAUCAAGGAACGUGUCGAAGAGAAGGAAGGUAUUCCCCCACAACAGCAGCGGUUAAUUUUUUCCGGAAAGCAAAUGAAUGAUGACAAAACAGCUGCGGACUACAAAGUGCAGGGAGGCUCAGUUCUUCAUUUGGUGCUUGCUCUUCGCGGAGGACUAUUUUGAAGAGGUUUUAUAUUAAUUUAUUUUUAUAUAUACACCAACUCAUAGCAGGUAAUGAAGAUUGUAUCUUUCAUUGUUAUGGGUAUAAUUGAAAUAAAAAUUAUUGUUUAGUAAUUAAAAGAAGAAAAAGAA